AUGGAGACGGAAGUCAACGCGCUAGACGAAAGACAGUUCACGGUAAAUGAGGUUGUUAAAGAGUUGAAGGAUGAAGAGUCAUAUGUCCGCGAAAUGUAUGAUUACGCAAUAGCAAGCAAAGCCGCCAUGUCGACAUUCGAAGGAAAGCAACUUUUGGAUAAACUAACAAAACUACAUCGCGAAUAUCUAGACAAAAUUCUAGAAAGGAAACGCGCACGGUCGGAAGUGAAGAAAAGCGCAGAGUCAAUGUCCGAAAUCGGCAAAAGAGCUCAGAGUCCUGCCUCAAAAUCACUAGGACUCUACUCCUCUCAGUCGUCUUCAUCGCCAACAAAAUGGUCAAAGCACUGCCGACAUGGAUACUACCUCCACGAGUCGAUCAGCCUCAGGAACCUACAUGUGAUCUUCAUUGUUGAUUUCGCUUACUGUGUUUUAUGUUUUGUUAGCCAACAAUUGUUGUGA